GUUAGGUUGGAUGGAGGUUGGGUCUCCGAGGGCGAGAUCUUAGGGCCGCCGAUUCUGACAGGGAACAGGGUAUCCGGGCGGCGUGGGAGUCGGGGCAAAGGUGAGCGCUGGCCGGGGGCGGAGGCGGACGGAAGGGACUUGGUCCCCUGGAGCGCACAGCUGCGGGAGCCGUACCCGGGAGAGGCCGUGCUGCGGGACCAGCCCGCCCUUCUUGGACCCACUGGACAGCGCGUGAACCUGAGUACUGUCCCUCUCUGCCUUCCCCGCCCUUUCACCCAGUCGAGUACUGCGACUUCGCGGCCGCCUCGCCACACGCCACACCUGAGCCUGGGCGUGCGAUAGACCAGACCAGAACUUCUGGAUCGGGAAAAAAUGUUAGAGUCCGCAGGGCUGCAGCAGGAGCCUUUCCCGUCCUAGUACCUAGCACCUUCCCCUCCUGCAGGGUGUGUGGGAGUCCUUCCUCCCCAAGGUAGCCCAGAGACAGCCGGCAAUGCCAGGAAGCUGCUGAGGACUUUCCUCUCCCCUACCAUGGUUAACGACCGCAAGGGCAAGUAUGAAGUGGCGCCCCAGCAAGAGGCUGCAGCCUCCGCCUUGGGCGAUGAGGCCAGCCCAGGGGCAGAGCAGGUAAAGCUGAAGAAGGAGAUCUCGCUGCUUAACGGCGUGUGCCUGAUCGUGGGGAACAUGAUUGGCUCGGGCAUCUUUGUCUCCCCCAAGGGCGUGCUCAUGUACAGUGCCUCUUUUGGCCUCUCUCUGGUCAUCUGGGCCAUGGGGGGCCUCUUCUCCGUCGUUGGGGCCCUUUGUUAUGCGGAGCUGGGCACCACCAUUAAGAAAUCAGGGGCCAGCUACGCCUACAUCCUGGAGGCCUUCGGAGGAUUCCUUGCCUUCAUCCGCCUCUGGACCUCCUUGCUCAUCAUCGAACCCACCAGCCAGGCCAUCAUCGCCAUCACCUUUGCCAACUACAUGGUGCAGCCCCUCUUCCCGAGCUGCCACGCCCCCUACGCCGCCAGCCGCCUGCUUGCUGCUGCCUGCAUUUGUCUCUUAACCUUCAUUAAUUGUGCCUAUGUCAAGUGGGGAACACGGGUACAAGAUAUUUCCACCUAUGCUAAAGUAUUGGCGCUGAUCGGGGUCAUCAUUGCAGGCAUUGUUAGACUUGGCCAGGGAGCCUCAGCUAACUUGGAGAAUUCUUUUGAGGGCUCAUCAUUUGCAGUGGGUGACAUUGCCCUGGCACUGUACUCGGCUCUCUUCUCCUACUCAGGCUGGGAUACCCUCAACUAUGUCACUGAAGAGAUCAAGGAUCCGGAGAGGAAUCUGCCCCUCUCCAUUGGCAUUUCUAUGCCCAUUGUCACCAUCAUCUACAUCUUGACCAAUGUGGCCUACUACACUGUGCUAGACUUGAAGGAUAUCUUGGCCAGUGAUGCCGUUGCUGUGACCUUUGCAGACCAGAUUUUUGGAAUAUUCAACUGGACAGUUCCACUGGCAGUUGCAUUGUCUUGCUUUGGUGGCCUCAACGCCUCCAUUGUGGCUGCUUCUAGGCUUUUCUUUGUGGGCUCAAGAGAAGGCCACCUCCCUGAUGCCAUCUGCAUGAUUCAUGUUGAGCGGUUCACACCUGUCCCAUCCCUGCUAUUCAAUGGUAUCAUGGCGCUGAUCUACCUAUGUGUGGAAGACGUCUUUCAGCUUAUUAACUACUAUAGCUUCAGCUAUUGGUUCUUUGUGGGGCUUUCUAUUGCGGGCCAACUUUAUCUGCGCUGGAAGGAACCUGACCGAUCUCGUCCUCUCAAGCUCAGCCUUUUCUUCCCCAUUGUCUUCUGCCUCUGCACCAUCUUCCUGGUGGCUGUUCCACUUUACAGUGACACCAUCAAUUCCCUCAUCGGCAUUGGCAUUGGCCUCUCAGGCUUGCCUUUCUACUUCUUCAUCAUCAGAGUGCCAGAAGAAAAACGACCUCGAUGCCUCCGAAGGAUUGUGGCAUCUGCUACAUGGUACCUCCAGGUCCUGUGUAUGUCUGUGAUUGCAGAAAUGGACACAGAAGAUGGAGAAGGGAUAUCCAAGCAAGAGAACCCCAAGUCUAGCUGAAUACCACCUGGAGCCUAAGCCAUGUAAAGCACAGGCUUACCUCCUACAGGUUAGGGCCAUGGAAGCUGAACAGGAGCACUCCCUUCUCCGGAAGCCUGGUUUAGGCAGCUUCAUCUUUGAACUUGCUUUUGAGAAGUGAAGUAAUUUAUUUGUUUUGCUACGUAUUGUUCCUGAUUCUGUAAAGGGAUGAUAAAGCAGACUGAGGUGGGGAGCACAGCACCUCUGGGGCUCCUACCCUUUUUCUUGGGCCAAUAGUGCCCCACAUUGUGUGUCUCGUUUAAAGACAUGGGCCUGUCACAGGUGCUGGACAAUAAAAGGGUUAUAUUGCUAAAGGUGGAGUGGCUUCAUCUUAUUAGUGUCUCUGGGACACCUCCAUUACUCUAAACAGAAAGUCUAAAAACAACAUUUCUCAUUAUUUCUUCCCUCUCAAGCCAGCUGGUAAAAGUUCAUAAAAUCAAUCACUAUGCGAAGACAAGGAAACUAC